AUGUCCGAUCUCAAAAUCUCAAAGAUUGACGUCUUUCAAGUCACACUCCCUUACUCAGGAGGUGUUUAUCACCUAUCACGCGGUCGCGAAUACCCAAGCUUCGACGCAACCAUCGUCCGUGUGACCACAAACACCGGUCUCGAAGGCUGGGGUGAGAGCACACCCUUCGGUUCAACCUACGUCGCUGCCCACGCCCUCGGCGUCAGAGCCGGCAUCGCGGAGAUCGCGCCCAAGCUCAUCGGCAUGGAUCCGCGCCAGGUCGAUCGCAUCAACGAUGUCAUGGAUGAGGCGCUCGUGGGCCACUUACACGCAAAAACGCCAAUUGAUGUGGCUUGCUGGGAUAUUUUUGGCAAGUCGGUCGGUCUGCCCGUCUGCGAGCUCCUGGGAGGUAGUACGGACGUCGGAUUGCCCCUUAUAUCGUCCAUUGGCGUCUUAGCUCCGGAAGAGAUGCGGGCAAAGGUUGAUGAGUUUAGGAAGAAGGGUUAUCUGGGGCAUUCCGUUAAGAUAUCGGGAGACGACCCAGCUACCGAUGCCGCACGCAUUGCCGCCUCGCUUGCGGACAGACAAGCUGGCGAGUUCUUCCUCGUUGACGCGAAUGGCGGAUUGACUGUUGAAGUUGCCCUCCGGAUGAUUAGGCUGCUUCCUGAUGGUCUAGACUUCGUCCUGGAAGCGCCGUGCGCCACGAUGCGCGAGUCUCUCGCCCUCAGGCGGCGGACUAACAUACCCAUCAUCAUCGAUGAGUUGGGGACCGAUGAAACGUCAGUCAUUCAACUAAUCGCAGAUGAUGCUGCGGAGGGCAUUAACUUCAAGGUGUCCAAGAAUGGAGGGCUCACCCGAGGUCGCCGCCAACGGGACAUCUGCGUUGCUGCUGGUUACACCAUGAGCAUACAGGAUACGACCGGCUCAGACAUCUCCUUUGCUGCCAUCGUGCAUCUGGCGCAAACCGUGCCGGAGCGCAACUUGCGAUGUAUCUUGGGGUCAACGGAGAUGGUGACUGUGAAGACGGCGGAUGGAGACUUUGAAGCCCAUGUUGGCCGUGUGAGAGCUCCGACGGCACCUGGUCUUGGGAUCACGCCUAGAUUGGAGGUUCUGGGACAACCUGUUGCUAGCUAUGCCUGA